CGCGCAGACAAGUUUACUUCGCGAUCGAUUACAGUUGUCAAAUUAAAUUUAAAUCUAACUUAUGUUAAGUGCUGGCCAUUAAUAUAAAGUGGAAAAAAAGGACACAAAUAUUUUCAAUAUAUAAAAAAAUGUAACUUCAGUUAAAUGCUGGCCAUUAAUACACAGAAAAAAAGAAAACUUUCUCAAAAAUUAACAUCGAACGACUUCAAAAAUUAUCAAUCGAUUUUUCAAAUAAUGCGUUUAAUAAAAAGGACAGUAUUUAAAAUUAUACAGUGAAAAUUAACAGGUUCAUGGUGUAAGAUACAAAGAUAUUCCAAAUUGGACCAGAGUAAAAUCAUUGAAGAUUAAAUAUUUAAAGUUCGUAGCACAUCCAAAUGUUCAACAACUUUUGGGAGCGAUUUGGUACGAGGGUCUGCCCGGUUUUAAAAGGAAAAAUAUAGUUGGACAGUGUAUUCAGGUGGCAAAGCUAGGAGUAAUGUUUCCGGUUUACUGCACUAUUUAUAUGCUUGCCCCGAAUUCAGAAUAUGGAAGGUUCAUGAAGAAGCCAUUUGUUAAAUUUAUCUGUCACAGCACCUCCUACAUGCUGUUUCUUAAACGCAUUUAUGCUUAAGUGUACUUUAUAAUAAAAAAUAUACAUAUAUUUUGUGACGUGUGGGGAUCGCAGUCGAAUCGCCCCAGACACAGACAUGUUUGUCAAAGUUUAUUUCACCUUUACGGUAUUACUAUUUCGUUCAGUACAACCUCAAUAUGAUGACGACUUUAAGGAAGAGUUUGAACCACCACAUUCCAACGCAGACCCACAUUAUUUUUCAAUCAACGAUCAGAAAAUCGACAAAGUUAUUGAAAAAUAUAAUCUUAUGCAUAUGAUGGGUAUAAAUACGAAAAGAGGAAGUUCUCAAAACGAAUCUAUCCCAGACUAUUGGCUUCAAAACGAAGCCACCGAAUCACAAGUUGGCAAUUCUAAAAAAACAGUUAUUAAUAUGUCUAUCGACCGAAAAGAUAUGAUUGAUACUCCUGAGAAUACGAACUUGACUGAACUGAACCCAAGGGAAAGACUUGAUCAGCCCUAUGAAACUGAAACCAAAGACAACACAGCAGAAGAUUUAAUUUCUCCAAACGGAGGUACUGAAUUCUAUGCACGUACUUCUACAGAAUCGAAUCAAAAUGAUACAUCUAAUUCUUUGUUAAGGCCAGAAUACCACGUAUUCCAUUACGAAAAUACGGAAUCAUAUAAUUCUGAAAGAUCAACAACUUUAGGGUCAUCACUACUUCCCACUCAAAAUAACUUAAUUAAUUCUCAGAAACCAAAAAAAUUCAUAAAUAAUACAUAUUAUAAUCUCCCUACUUACAUUAAACCAGAAAAUAUCAAAUAUCAUCCAUCGCAAUCAAACGAAAUAGACUUAAUAAAUAAAACUUUUAAUAAUAGUUCGACAAUUUCAAUUAAUAAAACUACUUCUCAAAAACCUAAAAAUUUGAUCAAAUAUCACCCCCCAUUUCUUAUAUUACAGAAUGAUUAUACGAAAUAUCAUCCGCCUCAAUCUAAUCGAAUAAAAGUAAAUCCAACUUUUUAUAAUAGCACAAAUUCCUUGACUGUUAUGACGCCAAAAUAUACAACUUCUGAUUCUAAACUCAAUGAUUACCAAAACAUUACACCUUCUAUUUCAGAAUCGCCGGCAAAUAUUACUGAGUAUAUUACUUCUAAAGUACUGGAAAAUAAAAUAAAUCAGAACACUUUAGCUGAAACUAUUCCUACAGAAAAGCCUGAAUAUAUUAGACAUUUUGACUUUGCUUCUGCAGAUUCUACUCCUGAAAAAAUAAAAAGUAUUCCAGUCUAUAUACCUUAUGAAAGACUGGAUAAUACGAAAGGUGUAACAAGUGAAUCUACAAAACAUUCGAAUUUUCGUCCUUUUUGUGCAACUUGUCAAAAGCAAGUAGAUAACUUUUACGACGAGCAUGUUAGGGAAGAAUUAAAACUACAAAAUGAGUUUUUCGAGGCACAAAAUUUCGUUGAAGAAGUUAAAAAAAAGGUUGACCAACCGUUGUCAACAGAGCAAAAAGCAAUAAAUGAAGAUAACAUUUUCUUUAAUUCUACCUCUAAUAUAUCAAUAAGCGAUAUGGACUAUAAUAACAAAAAAACCCGAUAUUCGAAUUUUGAAACAUCAACAGAAAAUACCAACUAUUUGUCUACUGAUUCUAGUGAAAAAUAUAAUGAUCAUGCUAGAAAACCUGUUUCUGGAAAUAGGAAGCAAAAUAAAAAUUACGAUGAUUAUUAUUUAGACGAAAAAGAUAACAAUUAUUUUAUCCCUACCACUGAAAAACCUGAUGAAUCCAAAUACUCCGCUCGUGCUGAUGUUACAUCGAAAAGUUAUGGUCACCAUGAUCAUAAUUAUGAGAAAUUAAAGACUGAAAGCUAUCAACUAAUGAAUAGACAUAACACGGAGACCUCUGAAAUACAAGGCAUUACAAAACAUCAUGGAAGUCCAGAAAUAUCUGAAGAAUAUGAAUAUGUGGAUGAGAGACAUCAUAUACAUUCUACCACUUCUGAAAGCUCGAAACCAAGGAAAUAUUCCUCGCUUGCUGCUAAAAGACAUAAAAGUAGUAAACAUUAUGAUAGUAAAGUAUUAAAAAGUAAAACAGUAUCAAAAAUAAAUAAACAAAAACAUACCACAACUGUAAAAUCAAAAAUUGAUAAUCAUUACACUGGUUUAUCUGACUGGUCGGACACUACUUAUUACAAUGUUAUCGUUUCUGAAAGUCCAAAAACACAUGAAUACGUUGCGACUGAUGAAAAUAAACCAGAACGUUAUAUAAAAAUUGCUCACAUAUCUAAGUUAUCUGAAACUCGAACUCGGGAAUCACCAAAUCAUAAAAAAGUCUUUCUUCAUACUACUUCUGAGAGUACUAAUAGAAAAAAACUAGCUUUCUUCGAAAGUACAGAUGACAAUGACGAAUAUAGUGCAUAUUAUGAUGUAAUAAAAGUAAAAAAGACUGAUUUAAAAACUCCAGAUAGGAGUAAUGAAGACAAUAUUCAAAUACAUAAUAAUGAUUCUCCUAAAAUGUCAAAGCAGAUUAGCAAUUCUUCAAAAAAGCCGAUAAGUAGCAAAUACGAUAUUUCUACUUCAGACAGAUCUAAGAAUAAAAAACACUUUACUGCUAGAAAACCAGAGCGCAAUAAGUAUUAUGACCAACAUAGAACUGAGCCUAACUUGCAAUCAACAACUUCUUUUGAGCUUGAAAGUAAUAGAAAAUUUGAUCCUGCAUCUGCAGUGCAAGAAUUAAUAAGAAUUUAUCAAAGUAAAUACUAUGAUACUACCACUACCUCUGAAAUUCCAAUUACUAAUAUAUAUCAUGAUUCUGAUGAAAAAGAUAUAAACUAUACUAUUCCCAACUUUAUAAAGAAAAACAAAAAUCAUUCAACUCCGAAAGAACCAGAUCCGUUACAUCAUAACAGUAGCAAACAUUCAACAGUAACUGAAGCUAAAGGAUACAAUAUAGACAUUGAAGCCCUUAAAGAAAACAAUGACAAAAGUAGCCCAGAUGAUGAAAAAACUUCACUUAUUAUUUACAAAAGAUAUAAAGUGAAUCAAGAUCCAGUUCAACGUAAUCGUAUUAAAGGUACUUCACCAGAAUGUGACGAUAAAAUCAAAAAUGACGAAGGAGAAGAAGAAAACUUAUUAGAAAAGUUGAUAGAUUCAAAUCUUGAAGAACACAGUCAAAAACACAGUAAAGGUAUUUAUAAUAUGAUGCGAAAACAUGAUCAAAUUGCAACGGUACUUGAUGGACUAGGAAAAGAGAUCACUAGGAAAACUGUUGGUAAAGAUGUUCAGAUUUUAGAUCCAUUAGUCGUUCUACCACAGCCACAUAAGGUGGAUGUCAGAGUACCACAUGCUUAUAUAAACCCACCGGAUAAAAAGGUACAUGCUAGUUCUGAAGCAACUACUGAGAAAGCCAAAGAACCCGUCACUUAUGAAGCCGAGAAACACAUUUCUGUUCCUAAGAAAGUAUAUUUUAAUCUAGAAAAACCAUAUUUUGAAGGAGAAAUUAAAAAAGAAGCUCCUAUUAAUAAUAAAAAGAAUAAAAAAGUCAUAUUUGCGUAAAUAGCAAUCUUAAAUCUUUACUGUUAAAAAUAAUGAAUAUUUAGUUUUCUUGUAACUCUAAUUUUGUACCUAGACUAUUGUUUUGUACAGGUGAAGUUGUAUAUAUAACAUUAGUGAAUACUUGUCUUUGUUAACAUGGUGCAAUAAUUAACAAUUACGUAGUAAAAUUAGAUAAAAUUAUUGUGAGAAUGACAAAAAAAAAACAUUUAUUUACAAGAAAAAAUUAUAUAAUAAUAUUUUAGUAUUAGUAUAAUUGUAUAAAGCGUUAUAUAAUUUGUGUAGAGUAAAAAUUGUAUAAAUAUUUAAGUUAAUAUUUGGGUUUUAACCAGUUAUUCAGUAUUAAACUUUCCAAUAUAACUAAUGUGUAUUUUAAAUUGUCUGUAAGUAUGACUGCAUAUCAUCGUUUUAAUUUAUAUUAAAUUGACUUUUAAUGGAAGUGCCAGAUCAAUUUCAAUUUAU